GCUUAAGAAAGAAGUAAUUUGGAAGUGGGAUUCAGAACUGCACGAUGUCCUUCAAGCGUCUGAAAAAGUGUUUGAUUAAUUAUCCGGUUCUCAAAGUGGCGGACCCUUCCUUACCUUUCGUUGUCAUGACCGGCGCUAGUCAAUAUGGUAUAGGUGUUGUACUCCAGCAAGAUGAUGGGCAUGGGUACAGACCUGUAGAAUUUAUGUCUUGCCGCUUACCUAACGAGAAGGUGACCGCUUCAACGUAUGAACAAGAGUUGUAUGCUUUGCGUGAGGAUCUCAAUCAUUGGCGACACUACCUUCUAGGAAGGCAUUUUAAAGUAUACUCUGACCAUGAAACACUUCGCUGGCUCAAAACGCAAGCUCGAAUAACACCAAAGUUGACAAGGUGGGCUGCAGAGAUUGAUAUGUUUGACUUUGAGCUGAAGCCAGCCAAGGGUAAGUAUAACGCUGUUGCUGAUGCACUAAGUCAUAGAUCAUACUUUUUCGGUGUUAUUGUGACUUAUCUAGAUCUGCAUUCCACGCGGAUUGCGGAACUCGAAAAAGUGCUGGCGAAAGAGAAGGCGCUUGUGCAGAAGCUGGAGCAAUUGAGGCUGCAGCUUGAGUCCAGAGUCUCCACGUUGGCAACUGAGCUGGACCAAGCACUCCACGCAGCGAAGACCGCUGAACAGAACCUGGUGGCUGUAAAGGAGCAUGCGGAAAUGGAAAGAAAUGCACAUGUGUCAGCACUCCAAGCACAGAGUCAACAGUUCCAAGCCAAGCAGCGUCAACUCGAGGGAUUACUUACUGCAGCGCAGAAUGAGACGAGCUCUGCACAGCAAAGCCUACAAGAGGCACUGUCCGAGCAGGAGCGCCGGCGCAUAGAUGCCGAAAGAAGAGUUGCGGCUUUAGAAAGAGCCUUUUGCGAGUGGUCUCGGCAACAUUUUGGAGCUCUGCGGACUGCAUUUGUCAGUCCUAUGUAGCUGUGCCCAACAUGCAAUCAAUCUUAACCGACUCU